CGAACGAUCCAACUGUUUCACGCUAGCGAGUUGUCAACUCUACUAUACUGGGUUCAUUCAAUGAAAUCACGAACACAUUGAUCAACGCUGAUAAGAACAGUGAGCAGACUGUCAGUUGUAAUCGUGUCGUGAUUGUUUCAUAUACAUAGAUAAAUCGGAGUCAAAAACAAGCUUAAUUUGUUUUUAACUUUCAAGGCCGCAAUGGAACUUAUAAGCUGCCGAUGUUACAAAUGAGUGAACCUCCGCCGCAUAUUAUAUUUUACAAGCAACUGUUGUGACUGUAUCCUGUUUUGUCUGUCGUACAAUACUCAGAGAUUUGGAGAUGAGAUCAGUGAAGAGAAUGUACCAGCGGCUUUUAGAUGGUAGUAGUAACGAUGAAGAAGAACUGGACAUUUUACAUCCGAGUACGAACCAGACCAUUCAGAGAAAGAGACCAGAUGGAUCAGGUCAACAAACAUACACAGUGGAGGAAGCGGUGGAACACAUGGGAUUUGGAAAGUUUCAGAUUUCAUUAACAUUCUUGCUUGGGACAUUCACUUUUUCUGAUGCCUGUGAGAUGAUGUUAUUGGCUGUGCUGUCCCCAGUCGUUAGAUGCGAGUGGCAGUUGUCGCCAUAUCAAGUUGCUUCUAUUACCACUGUUGUGUUUGCUGGUAUGUUAAUUGGUUCCUCAGUUUGGGGUACAUCCACUGAUAGAUAUGGAAGAAAAGUAAUUCUAUUCCUUGUUGCCGUUUGGAUAAGUUACUAUGGUUACUUGACAGCUUUCAGUCCUAACUACUAUUGGUUAAUACUGCUUCGUUUUCUUGUUGGCUUCGGGAUAGGAGGAGCACCACAAGGAUUCACAGCACUGUCAGAAUUUUUGCCUUCAAAACAGAGAGCCAAAUUACUAGGAUCAACUCAGGUUUUCUGGGCUUUAGGAACUUGUUUUGAAGUAUUUAUGGCAUUUCUUGUGAUACCAACUAUUGGCUGGAGAUACUUGGUUGGUUUCUCAGCCAUUCCAUUAACAAUAUCUCUAUUAGCAUUUAGGUAUUUGCCCGAGUCUGUGCGCUAUUGCAUGGCUGCUGGUCAGCAAGAUGUGGCGGUGGAGACUUUGAAGCGAAUCGCUAAAGAGAACAACACAACACUUCCUCCAGGUGAACUUGUCAAAUCAGUUGAGUUGCCAAGGGGAAAAUUCGUAGAUCUUUUUACUAAAGAGUAUGCCCGGACUACCCUUCACCUGUGGUUUCUCUGGUUUGCUGCGGCGUUUAGUUACUAUGGUCUUGUAUUAGUGAGUUCAGAAGUGCUGGAAUUUGACAGUGUAUGUGGUGCCAUGGAGGAGUGGAGUAAAAAUUCCAAAGAAGACGGGAUAUGUUUCUGCCAACUCCUAUCAAAGAGUGAUUACGUUACAAUAAUUUUAACAACGUUGGGAGAACUUGUUGCAAUACCAAUGAAUGUAUUAUUAGUGGACGCUAUUGGUCGUAUCAAAUUACUUGUCUUAUAUUUUUUCCUGUUUGCUAUGUUUAUAUGUUUUCUUCUUAUAUGUUCAAACAGAAUCUUUCUGACAUUCACCGUCUUUGGUAUCAGGGCGUUUUCAAGUGGAAUAUUCAACAUAGUCUAUAUUUACACAGUAGAAGUCUACCCUACUACAGUGAGAGCUGUGGGUUUGGGUACGGGUAGUUCUAUGGCUAGAGUGGGUGCCAUGAUUACACCAUUUGUAGCACAGGUGUUACUGGUGUACUCGGUGAAUUACGCAGUUUUUGUAUAUGCCGGCGUAAGUGUGAUUGGUUUGCUGUUAGCUGCUACCCUUCCUAUUGAAACCAGAGGUAGACCCAUCAAGGAACAUUAA